CCUUUCUUGCCUCCUCUUUAUGUAACCCUCCCGGGUCCCUCUCCCUUUCUAAUUCCUUUUCUAGCGCCGUGUUGUAAGCCGUUCCCCUAUAUUUGCGUGCUAUUCCAGAAAGCAAGAGCUGUACAUGUGUUUUGCAUUGUUCAUCUUUUCGUUUCUCCUGAGGGGGCCUUUCUCCACAUGCUCAAUAUCCUCGAUCGAAACAACCGUUCUGAGGGGACUAUUCUUCCGGACUCUUCUUCUGUCAGGCGCCCCCCCCCCUCCCACAGAACCUCAUCCUCUUUCAAAAGAUGAUUCCUAUACUUCAGUACCCUUAAAAUUGUCUCCGUCUCUCCCUCCCCGUUAGAGUUUCAAGUUCGCCCCCAGACGUCCAGAACAAUUCAAGGACCUCUUACAGUGUGUCUAUAGAAUCAAGCCGAAAUUUCCGC